AUGCAGAUUGAAUACUCCGCCAAGAUGGAUGCUGACGAGGAACAGAAAGGCGCGGAGAUGCGCAAGGUUAAAGACCGCCAGGUAGUUGCGGACUCAGCUGGUGUCUGCCGUGAUAGCAAGCAGCAUCUCAGGUUCUCGGCCUUCCUUGAGCAGUACAAGCAGGGAUGGACUGCUCCAAGGUAUUCCUCCGCCGGCCGUGCUACGCUCACAGCGCUCGAGGCCGCGAACUUCCUUGGCCAGUCUCUGGAAGAGUUACCCUUGUGCCUACGCUGUUGA